UCAUUGCUCACCUGUUUCUUUCUAGUUUAGGAUAAAUCCAUCCAGAUAUGAUAAACUUCGGAUUUUUGCUUCUCUUUUUAAUUGGCCUUACUGCAUCGCACCUAAAUAACCCACCUGUGUUUGUCAAACUGGGAGAAACCAUUAAUAUGUCUUGCUCUUACCAAAGCCAAAUGGCCAUGCACUUCUCAUGGUACAAGCAUAAACUUGGACAGAAUCCCAGGCUCAUCUCCACCAUUUACAAGUAUGACAACAAAGCCCGGUUUUACCAUAAUUUCCAGAAUAGUUCAUGCUUCUCAGUGCUGAAUGACAAGGGUGUGCAUCAUUUGGUGAUAAGAAACAUACAGCUCUCAGACUCUGCUACAUACUACUGUGGAAGUGCUUAUUCCAAUGUAAUGGAAUUUGUCGAAGGGACAGAAUUGAUAGUUGAAGGGUUGAAAAGCUACACUGUUAUAAAACAACCUGCUUUAAUUCCAUCACAUCGUGGAGAUUCAGUGAGUCUUACCUGCACAGUUUUAAAUAAUAAAUGUGUAGGAAACAACAUUGUGUACUGGAUCAUACAGGAAUCAGAAGAAUCUCGCCCAACAUUUAUUGGCGCACAUGGAACGAGUAUUGGUCAGUGUGAGUGGAGCUCUGAAGCUGGUUUUAGAGCACGUAGAUGCGUUUACAGCUUCUCUAAGAAAGACCUUAAACUUUCUGAUUCUGGGACUUACAACUGCACUGUUGCUGCAUGUGGGGAGAUGCUGUUUUGGAAUGACACCAAACUGGACAUUAUAGGUGCUGAUUUAGCAGAACAGAUGAUGACUUUUGUAAUUCUUUCCAUCGUUAGAACAUUCCUUCUUUUAAUUACUAUUGUCAUGAUUACUUUUUGGUACUGCAUGAAUUCAAAACGAAAUUCAAAAGAUGGCUGUUCUCCAUCUGCCUUUGCUCUCUGAGAUAGACAGUCCCGACCAGAAUGAA